GAUAGCCCCCUGCAGCAGACCUCCGCAGCUCCACGGAUCAAAUACUCCGAGAGACGGCUAAUUGGAUUGCAGGGUUAUGUCACCUUGUUUACUCGAUUUGAGUCAGAUUACUCUCCCCAACCCCUAAUUUUAAUCGUAGUGCAAGUAUCGCUGACGCAUAACGAAAGGCGAGAACCUCUUCAAUGGAGUGGAGCUCUGCAGUAAAAUCUUUUGGUGCCGUGUACGCUCCUUCCGUCGCCCUGUAUGACGUCGCCCGGCACUCAGUGUUAUGGUUUGCUGAAAAGUCUUCACAUUAAGAAUUCGAACACGGAGAGACAAACAAAGGGUUACCCACAGCAGACUGGUUACUCUGGCACACAUUGAAGCAUUGAAGCACUAAGGGUGACUGAGAUACAAAUGAUCUCCACCUCGCCAAGGUCACAAUACUGGGAGGAGUUGAGAUUUUGUGAGAAAAAAAUCUGCUGUUUACUUGAGCAUCUCGAUGGAUAUGAAACAGGAGACCUGUGAUGUUGACACAAAUAUCAUGGAGAUAACUGUAAAUAUUAAAGAAGAGGACUGUAAGUGGAAGCCUGUCUACCCUAAACAGGAAUGUCUGAACAUUAAGGAGGAGGUCAGUGAACUGUGGCCAAUGGGCAUUAAAGAAGAAGCUGAAGAGUGUUCUCUUAGUAUUGAGACGCAUAACCAUACGAAUUUGAAGAGUGUAAAAGACGAUGACCUUCAUGAUGGGUAUCAAGAUGGAGUGUUGACCAGGUUAGACUCUUCUCAAAGCAGACACUGUUCAUCUCCAGAGCCUUCUAUCAAUGUGAAGUCUGAAUCAGUACAGUCUCAACUAAAGAUAUCUGAGGAAGCUACAUCUGUUAGAACUCUGAAACAUCACCCACCACCUGCAAGGAAGUCUGGGAAAAGAAACAAACAUCACUGCUGUUUGGAUUGUGGCAAAGAAUUCUCUGUCAGGAGUGCUCUUCAGAAACACAUUAGAAUUCACACCGGAGAGAAGCCAUAUUACUGUAAGGAAUGUGGUAAACGGUUUUCAGAAAUAAGCAAUCUUCAGAAACAUACAAGAGUUCACACCGGAGAGAAGCCAUAUUGCUGUAGUGAAUGUGGUAAACACUUUUCACAAAUGAUCGAUCUUCAGAGACACACUAGAAUUCACACCGGAGAGAAGCCGUAUUGCUGUAAUGAAUGUGGCAGGCAGUUCUCUGACCGAAGCAGUUUUCAGAUCCACACAAGAAUUCACACCGGAGAAAAGGCAUAUUGCUGUUUGGAAUGUGACAAAAAAUUCUGUGACAUGAGUUCUCUGUGGAGACACACAAGAAUUCACACUGGAGAGAAGCCAUAUAUCUGUAAGGAAUGUGGUAAACAGUUUUCACAAAUGAGCAACCUUCAGAGACACACAAGAAUUCACUCGGGAGAGAAGCCAUAUUGCUGUAAUGAAUGUGGUAGACAAUUCUCGAACAGGAGCAGUUUUCAGAUCCACACAAGAAUUCACACCGGAGAAAGAUCAUAUUGCUGUUUGGAAUGUGACAAAAAAUUCUGUGACAUGAGUUCUCUGCGGAGACACGCACGCAUUCAUACUGGAGAGAAGCCGUAUAACUGUAAUGGAUGUGGUAAGCAGUUUUCACAAAUGGGCAAUCUGCAGAGACACUCUAGAGUACACACCAGAGUAAAAACAGUAGCAGGUCAAAAAUCACAACAGAAAAACAACCACGCUUCAGGACUCAAGAGUGACGUUCACUCUAAUCCUGAAAAGUAAGCAAACUAAACCAUUGUUGGAAAAUUAAUUCCUGAGACCUGUAAUAGAACAGAUAUUGUGUGAUUUGGAGGAAUUCAUCUCAUAUUACUUUUUGGAAUGUGGCAAACAAUUCUGUCAGAGGAGUUCUCUUCAGAGACACACUAGAAUUCACACCGGACAGAAGUACAACUGAACUGUCCUGACUGAAGAGUGAGGUUCACUCCUGCCAGGCCAGUAAGCACAUGUAACCAACUGGAAUCCUUCUUCCUCCGUGUUGUGUCGAAAACAACUCGGCUGUUAACUAUACAGAAACAAUUGAUUUUGGGGGAAAACAAAACUUUGCCCGAAAUAAACAAAAGAACAGGGUGUCGUACAAAAAGCUCAUUGAUAAAGCCCUUACAGCAUUCAUCAUGCAGUUGGCCUUCCUUUAUCAUAAUAUACAGAUAAAAAUGCUAAUAUACACGAAGAAAUGCUAAUUUAUUUAUUCUUAAAACAUAUAAGAACUGCAGAUAAGGACUCAAAAAAAAAAAAAAG